GUCAAUUAUUACAAAAGAUUUUUGUUUGAAAAAAGUCACGGAAAGGAUCCCUCCCCAUAUACAUUCACGGACUGUGGAUGAUGAUGACUGGGACGACGACGACGACGACUAGCCUCCAGCAUCGCCCGCUUCAUAAACCACUUCCAUCGAAGAAUUUCAAACUCGUGAGCUAUCUUCUUCUUCUUCUUCUUCUUCUCAAUACUUUUCAAUGGCGAAGAAGGCUGGAGAGAGCAGCGGUGGAUCGGGAUGGUCUCUUUCGGGGAUGACCGCUCUGGUCACCGGCGGCACUCGUGGAAUCGGGCGGGCAAUCGUGGAGGAACUGGCGGAAUUGGGCGCCAGUGUGUACACGUGCUCUAGGAAGGAAGAUGAUCUGAACCAAACCCUAAAAGAUUGGGCUUCUAAAGGCCUUAAAGUCUCUGGUUCCGUCUGCGACGCGUCCUCUAGAGACCAGAGGCUGCUCCUCUUCCAGAAGGUUUCCUCCGCUUUCGAUGCCAAGCUCAACAUUCUUGUAAACAAUGUUGGGACAUUCAUCCAUAAACCAACCGUGGAGUAUAGUGCCGAAGAAUACUCUUACAUCAUGGGUACCAACUUAGAGUCUUCUUACCAUUUUUCUCAGCUUGCGUACCCUCUUCUAAAGGCGUCCAAAGCUGGAUGCAUUGUCUUCAUUUCAUCUGUUGCUGGCUUGGUACAUAUAUCUCUUGCUGGAUCCAUUUAUGGUGCUACCAAAGGGGCUAUGAAUCAACUCACAAAGAAUUUGGCUUGCGAGUGGGCAAAAGACAGCAUUAGGGUCAAUUGUGUGGCUCCUGCGGUAAUCAAAACCUCUCUUGUUGAAGAUUAUCUUGAAAACAAAGAGAUUACGGAGAAGAUGGCAUCCCGGACACCCAUGAGGCGACCAGGAGAACCGCGAGAGGUUUCAUCAGUGGUUGCUUUCCUCUGUCUUCCUUCCGCUUCUUAUGUGACGGGUCAGGUAAUUGCUGUUGAUGGGGGUUUUGCAGUCAAUGGUUUUGAAUGAAAGAAUCAACCAAACUACUUAUUUGUUUCUUCACACGUUAAAAUAACGGUGCAUUUUAAUUUGUAAACCUCUUCACCAAAGGACCAAACCCCCCUUUCCCGUUCAUUGAUGGCGUGAUGAUUUCAUCUUUCCUUUCUAAUUCGCGAAACCUUGGAAUAAAUACUUGCAAUGCGAGUUGUUACGUUAAUCUGCACCAUCUAUUUGAUUUCUUAUGAGGUAUAAAUAUUUUCAUGGUUC